CUACUAGUAGCGAAGAUGAAAGUGAGGUAGAAGAUAAAUUGGUUAAAAGAAGAAGAGGUAGAUUGGUUAGUAAGAAAAAGGUAGAUCAGAUAGUAGAGAUAGUAGUAGGUCAGUUAGUAGGAGCACAAGUAAAAGCACUAGCAGGUCUAGUAGUAGUAGCAGCG